AUGUUAAUCGAGCAAGUCGAUGGAAAUAAUGGACCACGCGAAUGGUGGCACCAUCGUUGGUUUACGAUCAUUUGUAUCUGCUUUCUUGUUGUAGCAAUUCUUGCAGUUAUACUCACUUCAGUAUUAAAAUUUAUCAUACUUGCACCAAAGAAGCAGGAUAUUAUAAUGGCAACAAUACGGUCAUCAACUGGAACGUCACCAUCACCAACGACAACAUUACCAUCAUCAACAACGCCAUUAACAACAUUCGCAACCACAGUUCAGCAAUCAGUUACUGGUGGAGAUAACUAUAGUAGUCUAAGUAGUGCCGAAUUAUAUGAUCCAUCAACAGGAAGUUGGACAACUAUUAGUAGCAUGCAUCAAGCACGACGUCUUCACCCAGCAUCCGUAUUAGCAAACGGAACAGUGUUUGUUACUGAUGGAAAAAAUAAUGAUAGCGUUCUAAGCAGUGCUGAGUUGUAUGAUCCAUUGACAGGAACUUGGACAACUACUGCGAGUAUGAAUAGCCAACGACAGGAUCACAGAGCAUCCGUAUUAACAAAUAGAAAAGUGUUAGUUACUGAUGGAAUCAAUGGUGAUUAUGCUGUUAUAAGUAGUGCUGAGUUGUAUGAUUCGUCAACAGGAACUUGGACUACUACGGACAGCAUGAAUAACACACGCUGUGGACACACAACAUCCAAAUUACAAAAUGGAAAAGUGUUAGUUACUGGAGGAGACAAUGCUGCUCGUGAUGCUCUGUUUAGUACCGAAUUGUAUGAUCCAUCAACAGGAACUUGGAUAAGUAAUGAUAAUAUGAAGAUUCAACGAGUUAAGCAUCCUGCUUUCGUAUUAACAAAAGAAAGUGUUCGUUACUGGUGA